AUGACAUGGGACGAGUUUAAGGAAUUACUACUAGAAGAAUUCAGUCCGAAAAAUGAAAUGCAGAAGUUGGAAAAUGAAUUUUGGAAUCAUUCCAUGGUAGGAGCCAAACAUGCCGCUUACACUGAUCGGUUUCAUGAGCUUGCCAAACUAGUACCUCAUCUAGUUAGACCUGAAUCAAAAAGGAUCCAAAGGUACAUCUAUGGUCUUGUUCCCCAAAUUCGUGGGCUUGUGUCAGCAACUGAGCCAACCACGAUUCAACGUGCUAUUCAGAAAGCAGGAUCUUUAACGGAUGAAAUGGUGAGAAACGGGUCAUUGUCUAAGGGUAAUGAGAAAAGGAAGGAUGGUACUGAGACAAGUGGGUCAAAGAAUACUGAUGGAAAUAACAAGAAGGCUAAAGUGGCAACGGGGUUGAUGGCAACGGAUGCGACUAAGAUCGGAUAUACGGGUUCUGCUCCAAAGUGUACAAAAUGUCAAUUCCAUAAUUUCGAAAAUUCACCUUGCCGUUUGUGCACAAACUGCAACCGAUUUGGACACCUUGCUAGGGAUUGUCGAGUGGGAGUCAAGCAGGUGGCUCUGGUGAAUGCUGUUAACCCGAUAAAUAACCGUGGAACGUGCUAUGAGUGCGGUGGUCAUAACCAUUACCGCAACACGUGUCCAAAUUUGAACCGAGCAUGGGGUCAGAGGGGUAAUAAUCCAAAUCAAGUACUAGCUAUUGGUGGAACUCAGAAUCAAGGAAAUAAUCAGGGACAAAGAGUUAACAAUCAGAAUCAAGUGGUUGCUAAUGGAGGGAAUCGGACUCAAGGGGAUAAUGCCAACCAAGCCCGUGGUAGAGCUUUUGUCAUGGUAGCAAAUGAAGCUCGUCAAGAUCCAAAUAUUAUGACGGGUACGUUUUCCUUAAACAAUCACCUUGCUACAGUAUUAUUCGACUCUGGUGCUGAGUACAGUUUUGUUUCUAUUAAGUUUAUGCCACUCCUAGAUAGAGAACCCAUAAUAUUGAAUACUUAUUUCUUGGUUGAGGUAGCUAAUGGAAAAUUUGAUAGAGUUGAUAGAAUCGUUAAUGAUUGUACCUUAGAAAUAGAAGGUCAUCUGUUCAGUGUUAACCUUCUGCCUUUCUCGUUAAGGAGUUUUGACGUAGUUAUUGGUAUGGAUUGGCUAUCGAAGCAUAGAGCCGAGAUAAUUUGCUAUGAGAAGGUGGUCCGUAUACCGCUAGGUAAUAGUGAAAUGCUACUCAUAUACGGGGAGCGGGCGGAGGAAAAUCAGAAGCACCUCAUGGGCAUUCAGGCUAACGAGAAGAAACUCGAAGAUAUUCCUAUCGUACGGGAUUUUCCACAAGUUUUUCCCGAAGAUCUAACAGGAUUACCUCCUGUAAGACAAGUUGAAUUCCGUAUAGAUCUUAUUCCGGGAGCGACGCCAGUCGCCAAAGCUCCAUACCGUUUAGCACCUACCGAAAUGCAAGAGCUGUCUAAUCAACUCCAAGAGCUCUAA